CUUCCUUAGUGGUGUUCCACAACAGCAUUAUUUCAGCCGAGACAAGACCUCAUUAUGGCAAAUAUGGAUCAAAUAGUCAAAAAGCUAAGGGCGAUUUGGACGUUCUCAGCAGAUCGUGUACUUUUACCUUGUGCCUUCUCUUUAAUUUGUUUAAUAGGAUCAUAUGUGAAAGAACAAGACCUCGUCCCGAAGUCAUAUUUCAGUGACACCAAAAAUGUUCUCAACUUAUACUUCGUGAAAGUGUCAUGGGGUUGGACCUUAUUUUUGCUGGUGCCCUUUGUGUUCCUCUCCAAUUCCUUGAAACGGCCGCCCGUGUUUGUGUUGCAGCGGCUUUGCGCUCUCGUGGUGGCCACAGCUGUCUGGUACAUCUGUGUCAACACCUUCGAAAGCAUUGAGGAGGCUACAGGGUCGUGCUAUGAAACCAGCACCAAGGAGGUCGUCCGUGGAGAUAUUACCAGUAAAGGCAUCUGCAGGAAAAAUGGCUUUGUCUGGGAUGGCUAUGACAUAUCUGGACAUAGUUUCAUUCUGUCCUACUCUGCCCUCGUCAUCAGUGAGGAGAUGGCAUCCAUGGUGGAUGAUGCGCCUGGAUUCAGGAAACCGCUGCUGAACGGACUGUAUGUGUCAAUGUCCAUCAUAGUGUACCUCUGGUUGUUUAUGUUUGCCAGCACUUCUGUGUACUUUCACAGCACAAUGGACAAAGUUGUGGGCACGGGCUGUGGACUUCUGGGCUGGUACCUCACAUAUCGGGUCUGGUACCGCAAUCGCCUAUCGCCAGGCCUUCCUCAGAGACAGACCAAGCAACAUGCCUGAGGAACAUAAGCUCACUAACUCGCACUUAUCUUACUACUGCAUUAAAAAAAUCAGACAAAUGGAA